UGUCAUGUGGUCUAUUUUCUAGUAUCUUUAGGUAAAUUGUAAACAUGACUAGUCUGUUGACAACACCUCCCACCUCCCAGCCUUCAUCUCCGUCUCCCCAUAAACAAGCAAACCCAGACGCUCCAAUCCAUACGAAAAUAUAACUCUGGAUACCGUAUCAUUGUUAUCACUUGGCUUCAUAAACAUAGUUAUCCACCCUUAACUCGGAGAACACAACCCAAUUUCCCAAAGCCCCUGAACCCCUCACUAUCACCAUGUGCGGACAAAUCUGGAUCAAGCACGAGUACUGCCAAUGCGAGCAAAAUUCAUACGGCCGAUGCUCCGGCGCGUCUCGGCACAUCAUGAACUCCUCCACGAACCCGUGUCCGCAUUUCGGUACGGGCCGGUUCCUCGUCAAGAACUUCUGCCCGGAGCAUCGCACGUAUUCGUCAGCCGAUAUCAGCCCGCCCCGAGAGCUGUUUCGUCCCGUGUGGGUGGGUCCGCCGCCGCCGCCUUGGGUCUGGGAUUGGUAUCAUGACCGGUUGGCGGGAUACGGACGUUGCGCGUCGCAUGCGAUUGGUAGGACUGGAGGGUGGUUGGCGGGAUGUGGGCUGACAUUGAUGACAGCAGCGGCGCGGAUGGAAGUGAAUAGUCGAUUACUCAAUACUUUUCAGGGCGAGAGGACGAGCCGAUCGAACCGCCGUUUUAAUCCGAGACCGAACUGCAAACUGGGCAACAGACGUGAGUCGGAACUGAGGGAUAGGGGUUUGGGAUUUGCUGGGUCGAGCAAGCAUUUUUUGAAGUGCAAUACAUGGAAGGACUUUGAUAGGACAAUGGCUGGGUUGGACAAGCAAGGUGGAUGGAGCACUCGAAGAGAUUCUGAAGGUUUGUUUGGUGUCCUAAAGAAGGUUGGUCGUAAGAGGCGACGUGACGAAGAUCUCCUAUAUUAAGCCAAUGGGCUUGCGAGAUGGCUGUCAUCGGAUGAACGGUAUGCCAACCAGAGUGCU